AUGGAACGAUCAAAGCCCCAAGCGUUCUUAUCGAGCUAUGCGCCGCGACUCCGCGCCUACAACAACUCUCUCAUCACGCCUGUUCUACCAAGCAGCGCGCCCGCCGGCCCCGUUUCGAGGACCACCAAGCGAGGAACGACCAUCAUUAAUUACGCUGAAGAUGGUUAUGACGACCUGGAAGACGAUAGCGACGAUCCGCGUCGACGACCAACGGGAUUGCGGAGCUUGCGCAAGGAGGACUCGGCCACUAGACAAGACCUCGCCGACAAGGUUGGCAAAGACACCAAGGGGCCAGUCGAAGUACAGGGCAUCUGGCGCGAUUGGAUAGCAAAGCACAAGCUGCUGAGGAGCGAUCAGCAGAACGCUAUCCAGGCGACACUCCCUCUUACUCUGAUUCCUAUUCGAAUCGAUCUGGACGUUCCUGCGUUUAUUCCUCCAGCUCCAUAUCCAACGCCCAACCCUAACACGGCGGACACUUCACUCCCCCAGUACCGUCAACAGGAGGCGACGGUGCCUUAUAAGCUUCGAGACAUAUUUUGCUGGAAUCUUCACGAAACGCUCAUCUCGACCGACCAGUUCGCCCAGACGUUGGUGCAAGAUCUGGAUCUGCCAAAUCGACAAGCCGCUAUCGCUGAGAUCAGCAAGCAAAUCCGGACACAGCUCGAAGAAUACUCGGGUGUCGCACUGCAUCCUUUGUUCCAUAGCGAUCAACAAGCCGCCUCUGUCCAGCAACCUACGACGACCGCAUUGACGCCACGGCCUAGCUUUGCGCUCAAGUCUCGGGAUGAUUCUCCAGCGUCCGCUAUUCGAGGCACUUCUCGGCCUGACACACCAGCGCAGACAGGAGGUGCGGCAACUCCCUCACAAACUCAAGCUCCUGAUGUUACCGCAGAGGCAACACCGAUACUUCCCGAUUCAGAUGAUUACAACCCCGACGAUACUUACCGAUGCAUUAUCAACUUAAGUCUCAACCUAGCGUCCAUGCUCUACACUGACAAGUUUGAGUGGUCUCUUUUACACCCCCCUGGCACUGCUGAGGCAUUUGCCAAGGUUACUUGUACGGAUCUUGGAUUGACAGGAGAAUGGAUCCCGGCGAUGACCCAUGCCAUAUACGAGGCUGUACUGCGACUGAAGAAGGAAGCAUGUGAGGCAGGAGGUCUAGUUGCCGGAUGGGGUGGUCUACAGCAAGAGCUGCCAAAUGAUGCUGCUCAUGGCUCAGAAGCUGGCUGGAGAUACGAACCGGAACACCUCGGCGAUGAUUGGGAGCCCAAGGUGGAAUUUCUUAGCAAGGAAGAGAUUGAGAAGAGAGAAGGUGACCGCGAACGUGAAGUUCGGCGGUUGCGCCGUGAGACGGCACGGUUCAGUUCUACAACAGGUAUGCUUGGAGGCACACCUUUUGGGGCACCGAUGGAGGUUGAAGAAGAGAGAAUGGGUCGAGGUGAACGCUCUAAGAAGAAGCGUCGUUUCCGAAGCUUGAGCCCGCUUGGACGGGGUGGUACGCCUGGAGGACGAGGCACGCCUGAUGUCGGUGGCUAUGGGGGAGGUGGUGGUGCUCUGACAGAUCAAGAGAGAUUCCAGUGGAGGUGCAUGCACUGCAGGAUAUGGGGCACAAGCGUUUGGGCUGUCAGAGACGGCCCAGCAGGACCAAGGACUUUGUGUGCCAACUGUGGCUACCUUUACGAGCGUGAUCAGAGACUACCUCGCCAGAGUAAAAACCUCCAUCUUCCAGAUGUCCGUGCGGUUUAG